UGGUCUGGAGUGACUUCGUCCCCCGGCCUGACGGGCUGCUGUCUCAUACGUGAGUCGACACCUGCCAGGUGCUCGGAGCAGGGCCUGGCGCACAGGAAGGAAGCACUCCCGUACUCUUGAGUGCUGGAGCUCAUAACCAAGGACAGAGGACGCCUCUGAACGCCCGGAAAUUGCGUGGACAACUUUUGAUGAAGAUGGUCGGUGUGUGUAUUUCAGAAGGGGGCGCACGAUUUCAACAGAUUCUGCCUUCGGACCUCGCGGUCUGACGUUUUAAAGGUUCUGCUCCCCCCGAAGAGGAAACAUUUGAAAGGAACACGAGAUGUAAAAGAAGAAAUCUUCACGGGCGUCUCCAAGGAUGGAAUGCCAACCCAUCCCUCACUGAGACCAUGAUCUCUUCUCAUCCCUUGGAAGUUUCCGUGUUCUCCAGCGAGAAUUCUUCCCCUUCAUCCUGUGCCAUGGGAAAAACCUGAAGGGCAGGCAGAAUUGUUCCCAGACUUGGGGAUUUUUCUGAGGUUUCAGCGGCUCUUACAGGACAUGACAGUUGGAGAUCGCUUCUUUUUGUUGUCUUUCAGAGUCGAACCAAAGAAGGCACUUCCUCAUUGUCUAGUGCUUUGGCUCCUGCUCAUUUUUAUAUUUGUUUCCGUUGCUCGUGCCUUAAAACCAUCUUCCGUAACCAGAAGACAUCCUUAAAAAGUGUUCCAGCGCGACUUGCAUGCAUCUGGGCUCCGCAGGGGCUCUCCCAUGGCUCUGUGGGCCAGCAGUCCAAGGGCAUUACCAUGAGGCACUGCAUUAAUUGCUGCAUACAGUUGUUGCCCAACAACGAGCACAAACAGCAGGUUGGCUGCGGAGGAGGCCCCCUUCACAGUCACCUGGAGUGCCCCGCGUGCAAAGGAGAGAACAAAAUUGUGCUUCGUGUGGACGGUAAGCAGAUGAACUUGCUUGCUGUUCUCGAGGUGAGGGCUGAGGGCAAUGAGAGCUGGGGCAGGUUUCUGCGCUUCAAGAAGGGGAAGCGAUGUAGCCUGGUUUUUGGAUUGAUGAUCAUGACCUUGGUGAUGGCAUCUUACAUCCUUUCUGGGGCCCACCAAGAGCUUCUGAUCUCCUCACCUUUCCAUUAUGGAGCCUUCCCCAGCAAUCCCAGCUUGAUGGACGGUGAAAACCCGAGUGACACGAAAGAGCAUCAUCACCAACCCUCUGUAAAUAAUAUUUCGUACGUGAAAGACUACCCAAGCAUUAAAUUAAUUAUCAACAGCAUCACAGCCAGGAUAGAGUUCACAACCAGGCAGCUCCCAGACCUAGAAGAUCUCAAGAAGCAGGAAUUGCACAUGUUUUCGGUAAUCCCCAAUAAAUUUCUUCCAAAUAGCAAGAGCCCCUGCUGGUACGAGGAGUUCACGGGUAGGAACACCACCGACCCCUACCUGACCAACUCCUACGUGCUCUACUCCAAGCGCUUCCGCUCCACCUUCGACGCCCUGCGCAAGGCCUUCUGGGGCCACCUGUCGCACGCCAGCGGGAAGCACUUCCGCCUCCGCUGCCUGCCGCGCUUCUACAUCAUCGGGCAGCCCAAGUGUGGCACCACCGACCUCUACGACCGCCUCCGGCUGCACCCGGAAGUCAAAUUCUCCGCCAUCAAGGAGCCCCACUGGUGGACCCGGAAGCGCUUUGGAAUCGUCCGCCUGAGAGAUGGGCUUCGGGACCGCUACCCCGUGGAAGAUUACCUGGACCUCUUUGACCUGGCCGCACACCAGAUUCAUCAAGGACUGCAGGCCAGCUCUGCAGAGGAACAGAGCAGGAUGACUAGGAUCAUUAUCGGGGAGGCCAGCGCGUCCACCAUGUGGGACAACAACGCCUGGACGUUCUUCUACGACAACAGCACAGAUGGAGAGCCGCCCUUUCUGACCCAGGACUUCAUCCAUGCCUUUCAGCCAGACGCAAAACUGAUUGUCAUGCUCAGGGACCCCGUGGAGAGGUUGUACUCCGACUAUCUCUACUUUGCAAGUUCGAAUAAAUCUGCUGAUGACUUCCACGAGAAAGUGACAGAAGCUCUGCAGCUGUUUGAGAAUUGCAUGCUCGAUUAUUCCCUGCGUGCCUGCGUCUACAACAACACCCUCAACAAUGCCAUGCCUGUGAGGCUCCAGGUCGGUCUGUAUGCUGUGUACCUUCUGGACUGGCUCACCGUGUUUAAUAAAGAACAGUUCCUCGUCCUUCGCCUGGAAGACCACGCCUCCAACGUCAAGUACACCAUGCACAGGGUCUUCCAGUUCCUCAACCUCGGACCCCUAGGUGAGAAACAAGAGACCCUGAUGACAAAGAGCCCCGCGUCCAACGCGCGACGCCCCGAGGACCGGAACCUGGGCCCCAUGUGGCCGGUCACCCAAAAGAUCCUGCAGGACUUCUACGGGCCCUUCAACGCCAGGCUGGCCCAGGUGCUCGCCGACGAGGCGUUCGCCUGGAAGAAGACCUGAGGGUCGGGGUCCCCCUGCGGUUUCCACUGUUACCGUGAUUUAAAAAUCUCUCUUUGGGGGGCGGGGCCCUCUUCCUCAACAGCGUGGAGAAAACCCCCAGAUGAUUCUUCUUCCCCUCCCUAGGCACCUGUUUAGUAUAACCGUUUGUGGUGUGAAACAACCUGGCAACUGACCCUUCACGGGGCUCCGCCAUCCCGCGCCAUUGGAACCUCCACUUGGGAACCGUUCCCUCCUGCGGCACAGUGGCCGGGCCGCGGGGUCCAGGCGGGG